UUACAGUGCGGGAAGCCAGGGGACAGGCUGGAUGGGAGCUGCAGUUCCCUUGGACUGCCGGUGAGAAUUUCUCAUCCACACCACGAUCACGUAGGAUUGCGUAGAGAGCACAGAUAGGGGAGACAGGAGAGACACGGCUAAGCUGCAAUACUACAGCAGCCCCUGCUCUCCUCCAGGUGAAUGACCCCGUGGGGCUUUCCCACUCCCCUCUUUGCCACCGUCACCAGUGGGCUGCAGGGAUGAUCGCCUGACUUGCACUGUGCCCCAUACAGAGGAGUGAUGAGAGUGACACCCCGGGAGGAGACACGAGGGGGGUGCUGCCGGGGCUCAUUCCUCCUGCCAGCCUGAGCUGCAGCGUGUCAGGAGCAGAGAGUGAGGAGGGAGAUAAUAGUAUUGUGGGGAAGUUGUGCCAGUGCCCCCCGGGACCGCUGGUGACAUAGGGAGACACGGCCACACACACAGCCAUGGUCCUGGGGCAGGCAGUACAGCGUACAUGUGCCGGCUGCGGAACUCGGGACGUCUGACUCCCCCCUGCCGCCCCCGGGACUGUGACCCGCUGCUCGCACACCCGGCAUGCUUGGAGCAGAGCAGUGAUAACCCCCGGGACUCGCUGUGCAGCAGGAACACCCGGUGAGGCGCUGCCUGUGGGAUGCUCCGCAGGACCCCAGCUCUGCCCGUCACCCAGGGGGCUCUCCGCGGGCGGCACUGACCUGUUGGGGAUCUGGAGAGCGUAGAUGCCGCGCCGCUGACGACACUCACACACACUGUCGGGGCCCCGCACUAUGGGGUAACACGGAUCGGGAGAUGGGACGGAGCCCCGGGAUAGCUGUGUAACUGCCGCACUCCGGCGUCUGAGCUCUGCGCUCACUACUACUACUACUGCUGUCUGCUGCUGCUGGGAACGGGCGUCCACACUCCUCCUCAUCACCCGCACUACUGUAAAGCGGGCAGGGGCCGCCCCGCGGGGGUCGCGGACUCAAAUUCCGGGGCACCUGGGAGGCGCCUGCGAGAGCCAUGGCUGCGGCUAUAGCCAGCUCUCUCAUCCGGCAGAAGAGACAGGCCCGGGAGUCUAACAGCGACCGGGUGUGCACGUCCAAGCGCCGCACCAGCCCCAGCAAGGACGGGCGCUCCCUGUGCGAGAGGCAUGUGCUGGGAGUGUUCAGCAAAGUGCGCUUCUGCAGUGGCAGGAAGAGACCGGUGAGGAGAAAACAAGAACCCCAGCUGAAAGGAAUUGUGACAAGGUUAUUCAGCCAGCAGGGAUACUUCCUGCAGAUGCACCCAGAUGGCAGCAUUGAUGGGACCAAGGACGAAAACAGCGACUACACCCUAUUUAAUCUGAUCCCUGUGGGUCUUCGGGUGGUUGCAAUACAAGGAGUUAAGGCAGGACUCUACGUGGCUAUGAAUGGUGAAGGCUUUCUCUACAACUCAGAUAUUUUUACUCCAGAAUGCAAAUUUAAGGAGUCGGUGUUUGAGAAUUACUACGUUAUCUAUUCUUCCACACUAUAUCGGCAGCAAGGAUCCGGCCGGCAGUGGUUCCUAGGACUCAGUAAUGAAGGGCAAAUUAUGAAAGGGAACCGAGUUAAAAAGACCAAACCAUCAUCGCAUUUUGUACCAAAACCCAUAGAAGUGUGCAUGUACAAAGAGCCGUCGCUGCAUGAGAUUGGAGAGAAGCAAGGACGUUCAAGAAAAAGUUCAGGGACACCAACUAUGAAUGGUGGAAAAGUUGUUAAUCAAGAGUCAACAUAGCCGAGAUCCUGGCCUGUCCUGACAGUGCGCCCUUCGGGAAUGCAGACACAACACAUACAGACUGACAUGACAGGUUCUGCUGAUUACGUUUUUGAACUCAAGUUUUCUUCUUUGGAUAGAGCAAAGAAAUGGAAAGUGAAUUGCCUGUGCAAUGUUUUAAACCAACCAGAAAAAAAUAUGAAGAUAAAUCCUUGAAUCUGGACUCCAUUCAUAUUUUAUGCGAAGUUUACUGUGUGAUCAAAUAAGUUCCCAUCUCUGCAUAAAAAUAUACAAUAAAGAUGUUACCUUUAAAAGAAAAUAAAGUUCUUGAUAAAUAAAUCUUUAAAAAAAAUCCAUGCAAGCCAUCGAACACAAGUGUGAGAUUCCCACUAAUGAAAUGUUCCUCUAUGUUAGAUUUGUGUCUAUUUAUAAAGCACGUCUGCAUUAUUUAUACAGAUGCAGUCAUUCUAGGAGAGCGUAGGCAAGUGACUACAGUCUUUGAUGUAUGCAUAUCUGAAGAAGUCCAUGGAAUCUGCAGACAUGACAUUCAAAACACAUGAAACAACAUAUUAACUGAAAUCUAGCAACAUAAAAAUAAAGAUUAUGGGAAGAUAGUGUGCAUGGCUUGAAACAAUGGAGCAGAUUCAAUUAGCCGCAAGUUAUGCCGCAUUGUUUUAGUUAAAGUGCCCGAUGCUUAUGAAUCAGAGACCCAAGUUCUACCCGCCAGCAGCCCAGAUGCAGCACAGAAUGCUUUUUUCUGCUCGCACCUCCAUAGAGGUAACUGCUGCCUCUGGGUUGUUCAUGGGUUGACUGAGGGUGUCUAAUUGAAUAGCUUCAGCCAAUUUACAUGAGAGGAGAGAAAUCUGAGAUGCUGCCUAUAGGUAAUGAAACUGACCCAAUGUCACAAUAAUGUGUUACAAUAAUAAUUUUUCAAAUUUCAUUUAUUUAUAUAUAUAUAUAUAUAUUAUAUCGCCAGUUAAUGUAUGGAUUAAUAUUAUGCUUGUUUAUACCAUUGCAUCUGCGAAUUCCACUUAUUACUGUACCUACACUUCAUAUGGCUCAUUGUAAACUUUGCAGUGGAUGCAUUUAACUGCAGUGGCUUUUAUGGUCUUACAAUGUGAUAUGCAAAUGCAUACUUUAUUUGAUCUAUAUAACCCACCUCAAAAUGAGCACAGUAAGGAAACAAAUGAUUGUACACACAUAUACAAUUAUAUAUAUACAGGGUUAUUCAAAAGUCGCAGUGCACCCUUUUGUUUCAAAAACUGCAGGAAAUGGGAAUACUGAAUACU